UGCCGUGAUGCAACCAAAGUCCUGAGUUUCACACGCGCCUCCACGCAUCAACCGGUCUCACCAGACCUUUACGCACUCGGAGGUGGAUGAAGAGGAGCCUACGACUACUCUGCAUACGUGUGUGGAAGUCGGGAAUAACUGGACAAUCGACAACAGCAGCAGUAUUGUUGCAGAACUCGAUAUCAUCGUCGAGGCUACACCCGCCGCGCUGGACUUGUUGUAUGUAGGAUAGCUGUGGCUUGGCUGAAUGCUUUCGGCAAGGCUCUGUGGUUACACUGGUGGGUCCGAUGGUGCAGGCGAUGAGUUCUCCCGUCAGUGACGAUGGCGGUGAUGUUGGCAACCGGUGGCAGCAGGGGGGACAUUGCCGGCAGGACUCGCGAGCCAUGAGACAAGCUGGACGUCAUGGCCAUGCUGGCGGUGCUGAUGCCGGUGCCGACGCACGGCCGGAGUUGACGAAGGGCCAGCUGCUCCGUAUAGCCUGCGGCAUGCUUGGGCUCAUGUUCGGCUGGGCCACGAAGACGGUACUCACCACGCCCCUCUUCCGUGAUGUCUACGGCGUCGAUCCCGCCGACCUGGGCUUCGUGUGGCUCGCCGGGCCUCUUUCAGGGCUCUUACCCGUUGUUGGUGUGAUUUCCGACCACCGAGAGGGCCAGGGCCAGCGCAGCUUUUUCUUCGCAGUGGGCACGAUCAUCAUGGCCGCGUCUCUGGCGCUUCUUCCGGCGGCCGGUGCGGUGUGCAGGCAUCUUACAGGCGGCGGCAGUAGCAGUAGCACCAGCAGCAGUAGUGGCACCAGCCACAGUGAGGAGGCUGUCGGCACCGGGCUGGCCGUCUUUGCCCUUUGGGCUCUUGACCUUGCGAUGAACGCGUCCCUGGUGGCUAUCCGGGCUGUUGUGGCGGAUUGUGCUCCGCCCCAGCAACAGCCGAAGGCGAACACCGUGAUUAUUAUCAGCUACGGCGCCGGCACUUUCCUGGGUUAUGGCUUCGGUGCUGUUGACGCGGCCGCGUUGCUAGGCUUCCCUCCUGGGGCCUUUUGGAAGUCUUGCGUAGAUUUCUGGGUGGCGGCGCUUGUUCUGAUCGCGGCGUCGGCGGUGACUACCAGGGAGGCGUUCCGGAUGGAGCGACCGCGAGCUCUCGCUGCAAAGCGAGGCGGAUCUCCGUCGUACACCGUUGUCGAGGGAGGGAGCAAUGGAGAGUGGCAGGAGCGGCAGCGCCCGCAGCUGCUGCAACAUAUCCAACUAGGAGGGCCCCAUGAUGCUGCUGUGUCAAGGUCCACCGGUGACACAGCCCUUGCCACCAAUACCGCCAGUAUUGUAUAUAUCGGCGGAGAGAGUGCGGAUGUUUCCGCAGUUGAUCGUGGUCAAGAAAAGGAGGAUCUUGCGCCCCGAAGUCACUUGGAAGAGGAGAUUCCGAACCAGAUGGCAACGAGCGAGCGGCAGUCGAACAACAGCGACUUGAAGUUUUUUGGAGGCGUUCGCGGGGGUCAACCUGCGCCUUUGAGGCGCGACGUCAGGAGAAUAAGCGCUACUGAAGACGUCGACGGCGCCGGGAGCUUGGAGGAAGAGUUAUGGGGAGGAGGCUCGGCGGAAAUGGCGGCGAUGUUGCCACCGACUCCUACCUCCUUCAAGGUGGGCUCCGACGUUCAUGAAUUAGGCGGGAGUCAGGGUGGAGAAGGGGGUGUGCUCACGUAA